AUGAAAGCAAUCGAAUACCUCUUAGCUGUCCUGGCUUUGAGCGCAACUCUCAAUCAUCAAGUAAAUUGCCAAAAUGUUGAUUUAACUGCGUGCAUAUCUGCACAAUGGGUUUCAUGUGGUAUUAGUGUGGGUACGGCCAUUUACAAUAGGUAUCAUUCGUGGAGUGAUAUUGAUACCAAGCAAGCUUUCGGCACCACGUGUCAUUCACAAUUUAAAGGCGGCUUUCAUCGUUGGCAGUGGAAAUGGAGUGGCAAAUUCUGGUGUCCAUCAUUAAGCACAACCAUUAUGGGUGAAAGUACACAAUGGAAAAGUCGCAAUGGGGCUAUCGAGCAUGCUAUCCAAAAUUAUGUCACAAAAAUGACAUCAGCUGGUUUGCUCAAAGUGUCUCAACUCAAUUCAUAA